AUGAUUUGGCGGUGGACGAUCGAAAACUUUGCAGUGGCCUCCCUUGGUGCAAUGUUGUUUGCAAAGGUUAUCACAAGUUUGAUCAUCCCCAGUCUUUGGAACACAACUUCCAAUGUGGUUAUCAAAGCAGCACAUGAUAUCAUCAGCACUUACCUGCAAAACAUCUGUGCCAUGGAUGCCAAAAAUGCAAAACGUAGCAGCAGCAGCAGCAGCCCUUCGGCUUCCAGUUCGAAGCAGUUGAAGAGUUGCAGUGAUUGCCAUACAACCAGAACGCCUCUGUGGAGAGGAGGUCCAGCUGGUCCCAAGUCACUGUACAAUGCAUGCGGGAUCAAGUACAACAAGAAGAGGAGGGAGCUUUUGAGACUGGACAGGGGUAGAAAUGACAAGGGCAAGAAGAAGAGGAAAAGCAGUAGCGGCGGCAACAAGAGCAACGAAGGAGGCGGAGUGGGGCAAUCGCUGAGGAUGAAAUUAAUGGCGUUGGGAGGAGAAAUGGUGCUACGGAGAUCGGGAAAGCUGAUGGGGAAAUUAAGAGAGGAAGAACAAGCCGCUAUACUCUUGAUGGCUCUCUCGUGCGGAUCUGUCUAUGCUUAAUAAUAGUAAUUAGUUGCUAGAAAACAACUUACUAGUUUAGUAGUAGAGUACAAAAACUCAAAAAUGCUUCUCUCCCCAGUAGACCGAGCGAGUACUGGUAGGUGUUUACUACUUAAAACUAGGCAGGCUAGAUGAAGCUGAAGCAGAAGAAGAAAUAUGUGUAAAAGCCCCCUUAAUCUCCAUCCAACCCCCCCUUUUUUUUCCCCUUUCUGGGUUCAACUCUCCGACCCAUGUCAUCUCUUUUUUCGUGAUUGAAUGCAUGUAUGCCGAUUAGGAAUCAAAUAUCCUUGUAAUGAACGAACUGACUUCCUUCCUUCCUUC